AUGUCAAUUAUUCGAUAUAAAUACAAAGCAGAUCGAGAUUUUGGAUCUGUACAAUUUGAAGGCACGAGUUGUUAUCUCGGAGAUCUCAAACGAUUGAUCAUUGAAAAGUCAUCUCGAUCCGGAUCAAAUCAUCCAAAGGAUGAUUACGAUUUGAUUAUUAGUGAUGCAACAACGCAUGAGGAAUACAAAGAUAAUUCGAAUAUGAUUCCACGUAAUACAAGUGUUAUCGUUACUCGUCGUAUUCGUGGUACAUUUGAAUCUUUAACACCAUCAACAACUCAAAAACCAGUUGUUUCACAAGAUGAUAUUGUUAAAGAAUAUUUACUGCCCGCUAUCUCUCAACUGACACAAAUGACAACUUCUUCUGGAAAGAAUCCAUCGACAAUAGCUGAAAAUAAAGCAGUUUCAUUAGAAAUGCUGACUCCACCUUCGACCACAAUGGAAACAAGUGAACUAAAUGAAGAUGAACGAAUCCAAGAAAUUCUUCAAACUUCUCGUUCUCAAUAUUUGCCACCACAUCGACCGAGUAACACAUAUACGUGUCACAAUUGCAAACAAUCGGGCCAUUCACGAAACCAUUGUCCACUUCUUCUGCAGUCGUCAUCUGCCAAUCCAAAUACUCAAGGAACAGCUGAUGGCAAAUCUGAUCAUACAAAAUUCACAGCAUAUCAUCAAGGAAAUCGUUCGCACCAUCGUGGCGCAGGACGUGUACGACAUGAAUUUGUACCGAAAAAUCCCACCGGAAUUCCACGUGCAAGUCUUAUUCAUAUUCCAAGACAUAUUCACGGUGCUUUCAGAGAUCCAAGUGGUGCUUCUGUUGUACCACGACAAAUGGCUCAAUUAAUUAUAGAAAACAGUGAAAAGAAAGCAGAUACAUCUGCUCAAUUGACUCAACAAUUUCUAGAAAGAGAUGCCUUUCCAUCGGGCCCAUCCUCAUCAAUGUUGCCAACAAAAUCCGCUGAAGAAGAAGCAUCCCCACCCAAUGAUCUUCUAUGCCCUAUAUGUAAACAAAUUUACACUGAUGCGGUGAUUACACCAUGUUGCCAUAAUAGCUUUUGCGAUCACUGUAUACGCACAGCUUUAAUCGAAAGUGAAGAGCAUGAAUGUCCGCAUUGUCAUCGCCAACAUGUUCCUAUCGGUCAAAUUAAUCCAAAUUUAUUCUUACGAAAGCAUAUCAACAAUUGGUUAGAAGAACAACAACGAAAAUCUUCUUGCCCAUACAAGUCAACGGUGAAUUAUUCAUCACCCUCAAUAAUUGACAAAGAUCUUGAUCCAUCAGCAAUACAAUCAUCUACCAAUCAAUCGUCAAAUGAUGUCGAAACGAACGAUGAAGAUGACGAUGAUGAAGAUGAUACGACAAAGACGAGCCUUCAGAUAAAACCGCAACCAACAGUGAAAACUGCGCCGAUUGUUAUUCGAAUGCAACCACUUCGACGUGAUCAGUCACCACCCAUUGCUUCAACAAAACAGACUGAUACAACACUUGAAGAUGGAAAAAAAUCAGUUGAUACAGACCAACCAACACCUAGUCAAAAGGAUGUUAAUUACCAAUCAUUAACAGAAAAUCCUGAUAUCGGAGAAGAAAUAUCAAAUACAGAAACGGAUACGAAUACUUCAGAAGACGUCAAAUCUGACGGUCAAAGUCCUUCUUCUCAAGUAGCAUCAACUGAUACCAUUCCUUCAAUCCCAUUGACAACAACUACAAUACCCACUGCGGCGUCUGUAACUCCACAGUAUUAUCCAACUCUGCCCCAUGACCAACAUUUACAUCAUAACAUUGUCUAUCCUCCGGCAUCUUCACCUAAUUUCUAUCCAAUUCAUCAUAACAUUUAUCCUCCAUUUGUUCAUCCUCCUUAUCCCGGUGUUCAUCCAUCGCUCAUCUCUCCUUCAAUGGUACCACCUGGUGGUUAUCAUCCUUAUCCUCUGCAACCAAUAUAUCCACCCACUCAUCCUUUCAAUGGCUCACAUCUUCAACAUAAUCCCAUCAACGGAUAUCACGUCACACAUUACGAAACAGCAAAUGUUUCUUCGCUUCAUCAUCCCGGUACAACAUAUGCAGCAACGUCAACAUUGAUUGCCCAUCAUCAUCAACAACAACCACCACAACAACAUCAUGAACCGACGGGACAAAUAACACCAAAACCAAUCGAAUUAACUCUUUCAAAAGAUGAAUUCUACACACGACAACGACGUGUUCAACGAAAUAAACGAUCGAAUAGUCGCCAUCGUUCUCCUUCAUCCUGUUCUUCAUAUACCAGCAGUGACUCGCGUGAUUCAUCCUUCGCUCGACAGCGUCGUCGACGCUCUCCACAUAGUCGAAAUCGUCGUUAUGAAGACUCGCGAAAGCCGUCACCAAUUCGUGGUGCCCAUCGAGAAAAACGACGUCCGCCACCGUCACCUAAAAUUCGACAACAAUCACCUUCACGCGAUGAUCGUCGCCCAUCUAAAUCUCGAAAAUCACCUCCACGUUCCUAUCAUUCGACUCGUGAAAAACGUCGUUCACCCCGUCCGCCACCAACCGUUUUUCAAUCAACUCAACGUACAUUUGUUUAUCUGGAUGAAUCUUCCACUUCCAAACAACAUUCCGAUCGACAUCGCGAUCAUCAUCGACGAAAAACUCGUUCGAAAUCUCCUCCAUCCUCUGUAAUUGUAUCCUCAGAAACACGACCAAAAACUCUCGCAUCACGAGUUGAACCAGUCAUCAAUGAAAAACGUUCUUCUUCAAUUUUGUCAAACUCAUCGAAUAAGAUCCAUUCGAGUGACGCAAAUUCCAAUAACGAAAAUAAACGAAAGAAACAUCAUCAUCAUAGUACAAAAAAAUAUCAACGUCAUCGUCGUUCGACAAGUGAAGACAAUCGAACUAAUCCAAAGGCAAUUCUCAAUGAAACAGUAACUUAG